AUGACCCGGUUCCUCACGCCGGCCAAAAUUGGACUUCUCUCCCUAAUCGAGCUGUAUACCCAAGAAAUCGUCCCAACUGCGUCGACAAUACCUAUCCUCUCCUUCAUACUCAACCAGGUCCUCCCAUCGACCGUAAAGAUUCAUUACAAGAGCACAAGCUCUUUAGAUUCGCUGCCAUUCAUUCUCGACCUUCAAGCUUUCGAAACCCUUCUUCAGUCACACGCAGCUCUCGUUCCCGGCCGAACGCUCUGGGAUCAAUUCCUCAAGAAGAUAUGGAGCAUAGAUAGCUUGGACGCUCUGCACGAGUUCUUCGCAAAUCGGAGGAAUCUGCUCGCAAAGACAUACGAGGAGAACAAAAAUGAUCAAGAGAUGGGGAUACCGCCUCCUUCUGAGGACAUGAUAUUUCUCUCGAGAACCUCACCAUUUGGAAGCUUUAUUCGAAGAUCCAAAGUCGAAUUCGACAGGUUAAAAUUCGGCGAUGCGGUUGCUUUAUGGAUUGCGUUUGCGAAAUGGAGACAAGAUACCCAGGCUUAUUAUAUGAGGCGGAAUGGACAAAUUGGCAGAUGGGCUGGCGACAAGGCGUUGGAGAAAGGAGAAGAAUUAUGGGGAAUCGAUGCCACGGAGAAUUUGGAAAGUGUUGCUUAUGGACUAGAUAUUGUGGAUGAUGCGGGAGAGGGUAAUGUCAGUACAGAUGAUGUCGAAAAGUUGUUGGAGUUUCAGGUAGAGCAGAUGCAGAAGUUCGGAAACAGAAUGCCCUUCGAGAUCAGAGACGGGUUUCAAGGUGUACUCGAGAAAAGUAUUUUGGUCCCAAGUUUGUCACACUACCUCAAUUUUCUCGACGCCUGGAGGGCUGGCGACUACCCCACCUCCUUUGACUGUCUUCAUCGGUACUUCGAUUACACAAUGCAGAACCGCGACCGUUUGUUUUAUCAGUAUGCCUUAAUGAACCUCGCGGUAUUACAAUCAGAUUUUGGGUGCUACGAUGAGGCAGUGGCUGCGAUGCUAGAGACAGUUUCAACUGCGAGAGAGAAUAAGGAUAUGGCAUGCUUGAAUUUUGCUCUAAACUGGCUAUAUCAUUUCGGAAAGGCGCACCCCAAGCUGAUUUACAAUACGGAGUCAGCAAACAUGAUAGGAGCUGAGCGUGAAGGUCUUUCGUUUCUGAGAGCGAAAGCCAAAGAAACGGGAAUGUGGACGCUUUGGAGCUCCUCGUUAUUAAGCGAGGCGAAACUCGGAAUGUCCUGUGGUGAAAGCGUAGCGACCGCAUUUGAGAACAUCUUAAAAAGUUCACAAUUAAUCGUCGAAAAGGGAAUGAAGAGUAUGAUGGGACCGCAAAUUGCGAUGUCCUCUUCGUUGUGGGGUCGAUUAGGUGUUGCACAUCUCUCGAGACAAUACUGCGAAAUCUUUCUUAGUUGUCAUGCGAGAUAUGCAUUGUUCGACGAUUCAUUGAGGUUCACAUUUCGAAUUGCGCAUCUGCUAAGCGAAAGAGGCCAGCAUGAAGAGGGUAUGAAGAGGCUAGAGAGCUUGGAUGAGAACUCUCUUCGAUCAUGGAAAGCAAACCAAUACUGGUUGGAAUACCGUGGAAUUCUGCGACUCAAGGCAGACCUUCAUAAGAACAACCUCGAUGGUGCGGACCAAAUCCUCCGGCAGCUUCUACAAUUCAGCGGAAGAGGAUCAGAUUCUGAUCUGGGGUUUGAAAUCAACACACUGCACAUUGACUAUUUAAUCCGGAGAACAGAUUUCUCUGGCGCGCUCGCUAAAAUAGAGCAGAUGGCAUCGGCUAUGAAAGAGGAAGGAGACGACAUACAUCUUAGAGUCAAACUUCUCACCACCAAAGCCUUACUACAAUCCAGAGCCGGUCGUCCACAGAAAGGCUUCUCUGUGGCCGUUCGCGCUGCAAGCAUAGCCUGGCGAGCCCGACUCAUUCCCGCACUUUGGAUGGCCAUGGGUGCAAUCGCAAACAUCCUAACAUCUCUUUCCGAAUUCCACGCCGCAUCUUCGAUCCUCAUCGCUAUCAUACCUCGAGCCCUAGAAUGUGAAAAUUGUGCCAUGAGCGCGCAACUCUACUCUUUCCUUGUCGAUGCAUACAUGGGUCUCGCUGGCCAAGCUGAACCGGGUAGUGUGCAAAGGAAGCAAAACCUCACACAUGCUCUGGAGUAUAUCGAUAGGGCGUUCAGUGAGCACUCUGAUGUUGGAGAUGUGAAAGGACAGUGUGAGAUGGUCGCUAAGAAGGCGACUGUGAUGAUGGCGUUGGGGGACAAGGUGCUGGCUAAUGAUUAUGCGAGUCAAUAUCUGGAUUUGAAAAGGGAAAUGAAGAUUGGGAUGGUAUAG